UAGUGAUCCAUUUCGGCCCAAACGUCGACAACUGCGGUCACAAAGUGUGUGAGAACGAUCGUCGGUGAUUGGAUAGGGGAUCGACGACAGUGUGCAGUAGUGCUUGAAAGUGACAGUGAGUCAUCCGGAAUUUCGAUCCGAGUCAAUGGCCGGAUUUGUCUGAGGGCAGUGAUUAGGGAUUGAAGAAGCGACACCAUGGAAGCGGACGUCCUGAACGCGUUGAAUACGCAGACCGCUUACAUACCGGGUGGACGGGAUCGCGAUGGUCAUCCCUUGAUAGUGAUUCCUGUGCCGUUCUACGAUAACCUGCCGUGGAUGAAGGGGUUUCUUGAGAAGACCGUCAACUACAUUCUUUCGUCGCUGAGCUCGGAAACUAUCGCCAAUGGCUUUGCGGUCAUCCUGGACGCCCAAAAGUGUUCCUGGCGUUCAACCCGACAGUACAUUCGCCACGUCCAGUCCCUUCUCGGGCCAAACUUGGACAGCUUCCUCGUCAUCCGUCCGGAUGCCUUCUGGGAGAAGAACCGCGUCGAGAAUUGUGCCCGGCAGCAUCGUCAAGGCGAGCCGUUAGUUAUAUCGAAGUCACGCCUCACCAAGUACUUCGAGCUAAGUGAACUUCCCGAUGAGCUGGGUGGAACCGCGACGUACAAUCACGACCAGUGGAUACAAAAUCGAUUGCGCAUUGAGGAAUUCCGAAAAUCCUACGAUAAAGCGAUCGCUGACCUAGAAAACCUGCACCGGCUUCUGCUGGACAACCGGACGGUGAGGGCCAGCGAGUCGGAACCGGCACUCAAGUCCUGCCGGCAGUUGUACCAAGACGUGCAGAAAACGUUGCUCCUCGUCAUGGACGGUGGCAACAAACUCAUCUCCCACAUCGGUGACCUACAAAGUACAAAAGCGCUACUCUCGCAGGACCUCUUGGAUGGUCGCGAAUCGCUGCAGCACAUGCUCAACACCAUCGACAAGAAGCAAUCCACCAUCAAUGGUGCCCUGCUCGAUCUGGAACGGAACGUCGAGGAGCUCCGGGAACUAGCAACCCUAGAAGAGGGCGUAUCCUACGUGACCAACUGGAUCCUGACCACGGCCGAAACGAUGCUCAAUGCCCAGCUCAAAGUGGGCUACGAUGUCACCACGGCCGACAAGCACCGCCUAGAGCAUGAAAUCCUGGAGCUUCAGUGCUGGAAGACGUACGGUUUCUACGCGGAGCUGAUCUACAAGAUUGACAACUUUCCAAAGAUGAAGGACUCGGCUCCGUACAAGGACCUGAUGUCGCAGCGCGAGUGGAUGGACUUUGUGUGUAGGAGUUUUGCGCAGCGGUUGGAACGAAGAAGGAAUGUGCUGAUUACGUCGGUGCGGUUCUACCGACUGGUGGCGGAGUAUUUCGAUCGGACCAGUGAGGUGUUCCAGUCGCUGAUCAUGGGUGACAAGGUGGAGGAUUUCGACUUGGCUAAUGCGAAGCUGCACAAGCUGAAGGAUAGUCAACACACAUUGGACACUGUCGAGAAGGAGAUCAUCAAAGAGGGCGAAAAGCUAAGCGAUAUCCUCUCGAUGCCGGUCAAGGACGCCGUCGGCCGCGAGGUGGAGGUGGACUACAGCGAAGACAUCGCCAACGUGCGGGACAUUCUCGAUGCAACCAUUUCCCGGUCACGAAUCUUCGUCGAAAGCGUCGAACUGCAGCGGCUAACGCUGGACCAGAUCACCCACAUCUACAAGUACGAAACGGAUGCGGAAACGGCACUUCAGUGGAUGGACGAUUUGUACAAAGUGAUGAUCCGAUCGCAUACGCACGUGGGCACCAACGUGUACGAGAUCCAGGCGCAGAAGGACGAACACCAGACGUUUCAGGAGACGGCCAAGGGAACGUACAACUACGGGUGCCAGCUGUUGAACGCCUCGCUGGCGUUGAGGCAAUCGUGCAAGCUGGAAACGGACCGAAACAUCGAUAUGACCAAAAGUUUGCAGGCGACGUGGAAGCAGUUCCAAGCGGUUAGUCAGGAGCAGAUGACCCGGUUAAGGGUUUCGGCCGUGUUCCACCGGAGCGUUGAGGAGCACUGUAGCAAGUUGUAUGAACUGAAGGACAACGUGCUGCGGAUCGGGGAGAUUGAGGAGCCCAGCCGGAGGAAAGUGAGACUGAGAAAGUGCCUGACCAGUAGGGAGAGGCUACUGGUGGAAGUUGGCAGAAUGGUGCGGCUGGGGAGACUGCUAAAAACGAGACUGAAGGAACCGUUCCUGCUGGAUGACAGGGUGGAAAUCAUGGCGAGUCCGGAGAAUGUUCUAGCUGAAUCGGACAACAUAAUGGCCAGCGAGGCAAUCUCCUCAAGACUGGCUGAAGUUUCCAGAAUUGCUGAAUCCCUGGACAGCGUCCUCCGGGAUGUCCAAGGCGGCUUUGACGACGUGGACGACGAGGUGGCAAACGUUUCCGGAGAGCUGACCAGUCGGAAGGCCGACGGCAGUAAUCACAGUGAUGACUGGAGCUCCAGCGUGAAGUCCACCGAAGACGAAUCCUUCGUCACCGCCUCGGAUUGUACUUGCACUCCGCAGUCACGCUCUUCCUCGUACCAUACGGCUUCUGAAUGUCGGGCAUCGCCCUGGUGGGGAGGAGAAUCUACCGAGCGAAGCUCUCUUUACAACGAUUCCUCCGAAGACGCCGAUCCGGAAGCUCUCCCUUCAAUCAAGCUGCUCUCCGGAGUAGUCAUUACGGCGUCCUCGGCCAAUUUGUCCUUUGACGAGUCCGAGCACAGCUUCUUAACUCCAACGUCCAACAGUGAGCAAGCUGACUCGGACGACCCGCACCAGUCCCCUUCGGGACGGAACCAAUCCUCACCGGAGAUCAGCUCCGGAACGAGUUCUGCGCUCAACUCGAUCAAUCGACGGGAGAAUCUAACCCUAGCGCUUACUCCGGAGGAGUUGGAACAAAUCGAGAACGAUAUCCGAAACAACAACACGGUCCAUCUGGUGGCGGUGGCGGAGAGUACUCCCAAGUCGGAGUCCAAGCAGCACCACAGUUCACCGACGGCAAGCGAAGACAGCGGUAACGUCGCCGAUCCGUACUUGCUAAAAGCGCGCGCAGCCCAGUGCGUCGAUCGGACGCUCACCGAGUUAAACGCGCGCCAGUUGACCGCCACCGAUGAGUGGGAACGCUGGAACGCCCAGCAGAGAUCGGACGCCACGCUGAACGACAUCAUGGCCGCCAACAUGGAGACUCUCGCAGCAGCUUCCAAACUGGAGGAGCAACUCUACCCGAUCUUCAACACCGCUUCGGACAACCCGGCCGAUCUGAGUGCAUUUAUCGCGACCAAGCUCAAUCAGAUCCAAUCGGACAUCCGAUCGGCCGAGAAUGAGCUAACCAAACGGUUCGAAACGAUCGAUCAGCUGGCCGCGGACGGUUCCGAUGCCAAUGACAAAGUGAUUCAAGUAAAGAACAGUUUGAACUCGAUCAAAACCAAACUGCACACGAUCGCGGCCGAUUUCCACGAACUCGCGUCCGUUAUCGAUCGGUUUUUGAGGUCCGUGUUGACCUGUCGGGACAACAUCAAGGACUAUUUCGCCAACAAGCAGCCCAUUUCCGGUCCGGAUAGCGUCGAAUCGAUCACCAACAGCUACGAACAGUUCAAACAGAACACCAUGGAGUACUUCCGGAAUCUGCUCAAGCAAAGUGAGCAGAUCAUCGAGCGGAUCAAAGUGCAGGAACCUCCGGGAGCAAAGGAGCAGGACACGGACAAGAUCAUCACACUGUUGGAGAAUCUGCGGACGUACUUUGAGACGCAGACCGAGUCGGAGAACUCGGAGUUGAGAAAGCAACACGCGGUGAUUGGCUUCGAUCGCAGCUUGAAUGAAGUUCGGGGGGAGAUAAGGGAUAAGCUGGAUCAGGUGAACCGUGGUCGGGGACAGUACGGGGAAAACGCCGACGGGGCGCGUCGUAAUCUGGCUGCGCUCGAUGAGUUCGAGAGGAGCUUGAAGGAUCUGGAAACAAAAAUCGAAACAUUCGUCGCUUCAUCACAGAGCUUGAGUUCUCAGUAUCCGGAAACGGCCCAGUAUGUCCUUACAGAAGCGACCAAAAUCCGUAACGAGUGGGCGGAGCUGUUCAACACGAUUCAGGAGUACAGGAAGUUGACCACCAUUGCCAUCCAGUACUACGAAUUGAUCUCGAUGGUGGAGAAUAACUACCGCAAUCUGAACGCCGAUCUGAUCAACGCCAACAACAAGUUGUUGAUCCUGAACAACCCAGACAUCGCCAAUGAUCUGGUUCAGCAAAUCGACAACAUUCUGAAAGCAUACGAGACUCAGCAGCUUGACACGCUGAAGCAAAUUUCUUCGCUAUCCUCUCAGCUUUAUGGUCACGACAGCACUGUUUCGCUGUACAACGACAACUUGAAACUGUUCCAAUCAUUCUACAAAAUCAAAAACGAUCUGAGCGAUCGCGCCAAAGAACUCACCGAACAACAGCUGCUUGAGCAGCAGAAACAACAGCAGCUACUAAAAGAAAAUCGCCAAAAUGGUUUCCAUGAAAUCACUACGACCACAACCACCACAACUCACAACGGCCUCCCGCAGCAACAGUCCUUUGAAGUCCAAACCGUUGACGAGGCUCAAUACCUGCAAGAACCCCAAGCACCCCUGGUCAUCCAAACCGUUGAGGAGUCGCACCACGAGCAAGUCCACGAGAUUGUGACCGCUGUCGAGCCACCUCCAUCCCUAUCGGUUCCUCAGCCUCUCUCGGACGUUUCCGUCCAAGAGGGCCAACGUGCACAACUACAGUGCGUCAUCUUCGGCCACCCGACACCGACGAUCGAGUGGUUCAAAGACGGCAUCAGCAUCCAGAACAACCCAGACUACAAAACUUCCUUCGACAAUGGUCUGUGCAGCUUGACGAUCGACGAAACCGUCACCGCUGACUCGGCCGAGUACCUUUGCCGAGCGAUCAACGACGCCGGAAUCGCCGAUUCGCCGGCUCGUCUGACCGUAACCGAACUACCCCAACCCCCGAAGCCUCAGGGAGUGCCUCCGGUUUUCUCGCAAAAACUGGAAAACGGCACGGCCACUGAAGGACAACCCUUCCAGUAUCGCUGCACGGUCACAGGUAAUCCCCAACCCACGGAAGUUCACUGGUUCAAAAACGACACUUGCAUCGACGGUUCGCCCGACUAUCGGAUCGUGUACGAUCCGAGUUCGGGCGAGACGUCACUCGCCUUCGAGCAGGUAUUCCUCGAAGAUCAAGCUCGCUACGUUUGUCGGGCGAGUAACGAGUGCGGUUCCGAUGAAACCACGGCCCAGUUGGCCGUCGAGCCUCUGGAACCAACGGAGUAUCCCAGCUUCCCGGUCCCGCCAUCGAAUGUGAUGGCCCGCGUUGGCCAGAAGAUCAAACUGGAAGCCGAAGUCGCCGGAACGCCACCGCCUGAGGUCAUGUGGUCCCACGAUGGAAUGCAUUUCUCCAACCGGGAAGUGAAGUUCUUCUACGAAAACGGCAGAGCGCAAUUGGUCAUAGACGAGGCAUUCCUGAAGGAUGCUGGUGUCUACACGCUAACUGCCAAGAAUAUCGCCGGUGAAAAGUCCUGCUCGUGUAAUGUUGUUGUGAAGGGUCGUCUACCGAACGAAACGUCCGAUUCCGAACUAGCCAGUGAUAUGGAACCAGUGAAGCCGUCCGUCCAGCUCCAGCUGAAGGACGUAUCGGUGUUUGAGGGCAAGCCGGUACGCCUGGAUUGUGUGAUUGUCGGUCAACCGGAACCGGAAGUGAUUUGGUAUCAUGGUGAUCGUCCUGUGAAGGAAUCAACAGAUUUUCAGCUGCUAUUCCAAGGAGAUCAUUGUUCGCUCGUGAUCCGUGAAGCAUUUCUAGAAGAUGCUGGCGAGUAUCGUGUCGUCGCUAUUAAUAGCGCUGGUGAAGCUUCGAGCAAGUGUAGUGUAAUUGUGACACCGUUGAACAUAGCGGAACCAGCUGUACGUCAACCGGCCGAGCGUAUCCUGCCAGCGUUGGGGGCGCCACCCAAGUUCGAGCGUCUUCUCAGUGAUAUCCUUGCGGCCGAAGGCGAAAAGUGUCAGUUUGAGUGCGCCGUCAGUGGCGAUCCGCGGCCGAACAUCAAGUGGUUCGUGAACAAUCGCGAAAUCGUGGAAAAUCCUCGUGUGCAUUCGGUGUAUCGCGACGACGGAGUUGUGAAACUGAUAAUCGAACAGGUGUUCCCCGACGAUAAGGGUGUGUACACGGCCAAGGCCUUCAAUCCGUCUGGGGAAGCCAAAUGUUUCUCGAAUUUGAUCGUGAAAUCGAUAAACGCCGCCGAGUUUGAAUCUGUCCCCGCCUUUCUCAGCGAUAGUGUUGUGUGUCCGACUUUCAAGGAACUGUUUGCGGAUCGCGUCGUGAAGUUGCAUGAAUCGACAAAAUUCGAGUGCAUUGUGGUGGGUAAACCACAACCGAAGAUCAAAUGGUUCUUCAACGAUCAACCAGUGCAAGGACAUGACUUCUUGGUUUCAACCAGUGGAGAUCGUCAAGUGCUUACGAUUCCGGAAGUGUCACCAGAAUUGGCCGGAAAGAUCACCUGUUUCGCAGAAAAUGAAGCUGGAAAUGCGCAAUGUGUGGCCUACGUGAGAUUAGCUGACGCUUUUGGAGUAUCUUUGUUACCCAUGCAGCCGCUGAUUACGGCUGAAUCAAUGCUCCAGGUAGAUAAUAGUGGAUCGUCUUUUGUGACGCUUCAAAAGCAGGUAACCACUUCUUCCUCGUCUUACUCCUCCUCGACGCUGGUCGAGAAUGGAGUAUCGCAGUCCGAGGUACACUCGAAAUCCGCCCAUUUGGAUCGCUCGUUCAAGCAAGUCGGUGGCCAAGCUCCAGAAAUCGCCGAAACCAAGCAGUUUGCGCAAUUCCACCAAGCCAACAACCAGCCACCAAUGAUCCAGCAGGAAACAUCGAUUCUCAACAUCGCGAACAACAAUGCUUCCGAAUUGCAUGAAACGAUCAUCGCCAACUCUGGUCAAAUCAGCACUGGCAAACCGGCUAGACGUAGUUCAGCACCACGCUUCGUAUCGCCCUUCAACGGCAAAAUCGUCGAUCAGGGUGCCGACGUCGCAUUCGAAGGCAUCAUCGAUGGCUACCCGACGCCUGAAGUUAAAGUCACGAAGAACGACGUUGAGCUGCAACCUGAUGGCGAACGCAUCGCUGUCUCCUACUCACUCAACAAGAUUGUAGUCGAACUGAAGAACGUCUCGACAAACGACGCAGGACGUUACACCGCCACAGCAUCGAACGCCGCCGGUGCUUCAUCCACCACUGCCGAUUUGGUCGUCAAGAAGUCUAUCUUUCCACCAGUGUUUGGACGCCGACUUCAGGCCCAGAGUGUUCACCGUGGUGAACGUAUUAUUCUGGACGCUGAAGUGAGUGGAACGCCUGAGCCAACCGUCGCUUGGUUUAAGGACAAUCGUCCAGUCCAAGAAGCUCUUCGACCAGGAAGCUACACGCUACAGCAGGUUGGACCGACCUGCAAACUGAUCUUUGAACAGAUCGAUUUCGCCGACGCCGGCAAGUUUAUGAUCGUAGCCCGAAAUACGGGAGGUGAGGCCCAGAGCAUUGCCGACAUUGCUGUCAUGGAAGCGGAACAACCGCAACCACAGCCCCAGAAACAUGUGUCUUUCAUUGACGUGAAAGAGCCGCAGCCUCAACCAACUGGUGAAAGCAUACCCGGCGAGCCCGGCUUCACCGCUCGUCAAGAGUUCUCCGCCGAAUCUAAACUGCAGGGUCCCAUCACAGAGUCCACCAUCGUCACCGAAACACGACGGACAACUGAGGCCACGAUGCGUAUGGAACACAAGGUCAACUUUCCCGAUCUUCCAGUCACCUUCUCGCAGCGUACACAGACGCCCACGAUUCCACUCCGAUCGGAGGGAACCAUGGCACAGACUGACGUACAGACAAGCGCUACCAAUACAGACCAGGUAGCGACACGCACAGACGCUACACAGACACCAAUACCACCAAAACCUCCAUCAGCCAAAACAGUGGCCUCACAAACACCUCCACAGGUGGAACCAAAGCCUUCGGCAGAAGAACUCAAAACCGAAACGAAACGUAAUGCGUUCCAGUAUUUUGAAAAGAUCGCAACCAACGGAACUGCGGCACCACCACCAAUGGUUCCAAAACCCACCUCAUUCAAACCACUCAAAUCACCACAGGUAGCGAUCGAUCAAACACACAAGCUGGUAGGUGAAGAGAAAUUCAUUUAUAACGCACAUACUCCCGGUCAAGAUAUUCGAAGCUAUCGGCCGCCGGAACCCCAGCUUCCAUCUGAACCAAGUAGCACCUUAGAGUCCACAACGACUAGUAGCAAAAUUAGCUAUCAAACAACGCAACGUGUCGACUUCCUUCAGCCCCAGGGCGUAACAGUUCCGACUCCUCCGAUAUACCACCAAGAACCUCAUGCACCGAUCGUCGAAACGCACCCCCAUCGUCCCUUUCCGAAAUCCGACUCGACUCCGAUCCCUCUCCUGGUACCCACAAUCAUUGCAACACCCGAUGCACCACCACUCAUCUGUCGACCUCAUCCGGAGCGAGCACGCAGCUCGUCUCCAAGACCUUCAGCCGAAGCCAUCGCAAUGGAGAAACUUUGGACUACUCCAAAAACAUCCGGCUUCGGUACACUACCACGCACUAGAUCAUCAUCUACUACACCUUCUGUUCGUAAACAUUCGCUCGUAGAGGAUAGUGAAAGCUCAAAGCCUAAAUCCAAAUUUCAGCCAAUGCAGAGCAGCUUCUUUAGUCAGCAACAGCAACAACAUCAGAUGAUGUAUUCAUCCUUCUCAACGACGCACCAGUUGCAGACUUCGAACUUGUCUCAGCAGCAGUACUCGCAAAGCAUGCAGUACCAGCCGUACAAGCCAUCCGAACCCCUCCCGGCUCCUCAACCGAUCCAAGCUCCACCACCAACCAUGCAGGCGCCACCCAAGCCGAUCUUCACUCCAACUCCAGCUCCAGCUCCUCAACCAUUCAAACCUGCGGUCCCUCAGCAAACCUUCACACCUGCUCCUGCUCCCGCACCAUUCAAGCCUGCUCCCCCGCAGCCUCAAGUCUUCACUCCUGGCCCAGCUCCAGCUCCCGCACAAUUCAAGCCAGCUCCUCCUCGACAGCCAACUUUCACUCCUGCUCCAGCUCCAAUUCCCGAACCGGAAUUCAUUCCGGUGCAUCACUCGCUUGCUGCGACCUCCACCGGUCCUUCGUUCAUUUCUGGACCUUCCUACAACCAGACCCCACAACCGUUCAAGCCACUCCCACCACCUGAUAUCACUCCAAGUCAGCAAAACUUCUCCGCAACGCCUCUAGAGUUCCCACCAACUCAACAUACUUUCGUCCCCGCCCCAGCUCCAAUUCCAAAAUUUACUCCUGCUCCAAUCCCAGCUCCUGAACCCGUUCCUAUGCCCCAAUUCACACCUGCUCUCGCUCCUAUCCCACAACAACCCAUCUGUCCUGAACCCAUCCAGCAGCUGCCUCCCCCACAAUUUAUCCCUCAACAACCGAUGCAAAUGGAGCAGCAACAACAGCAGCACUCGGAAUUCGUCCAUCACCAACAGCUGCAACAAUACCACCACCAGCAGCAACACAUCGAGGAAGAGAUAUACAAGAAGAAGUCCGUCAAGGAAACGAAACAGUUGUUUGAACAAACUAUCAAACAGCAGGACCUCAAGUCGCCACGUAUGAUCCAACAGGUUGGAUCGCUCCAGUCGCCAACCCGUCCAAUGACUCUCCCGCCCGACUUUGGCUACACCCCGGCCGAGAUUGGACUCGAGCCGGGACCGCAGCCCACGAUGGGCUACGCUCCGAAGCAAUCGAACGAACGCAAGAGCUCCUACUAUCGUGAGAAGAUCGAACAGUCACUGUUUGAGAGCAUGGAUAAAGUGCCGGAACGUGUUCCGGCUGGCGGUGUCAAGAUUAUCCCGCCGAGCCCUCGGAGAAAGUCACAGACCCCGGGACAGUCGGAUACCGCCGGGAUGACUCCUGGUUCGUUCGAUCAGCCGCCGGAAGCUAAGAGUACGCCCACCGUGGCCGCCAAGAGUCCAUUCACGGCCACCGAGAGCGAAUGCGAGAGUGACAUGGACGUGAGCCGAAAGGUGAACGGAGUCAGCUCGGGUUAUCUGGCUGACACGGAAGAGGUCCAGAAAACGACGGUGGUGUCGUUCAGUGAGCAAAAAACUGAAAGCUUCAGUAGCAGCAGCAAGACAGAAAGUGUCGUAGUGAGCUCAACCGCUGACGCCACUCAACAACAAGAACAACAGGAGCAGAAGGUUGAAUCAAUCGAAUCGAAGGUUGAGAAGGUUGAGGACGCUGCACCGGUCGCGACCGAAGAAGUUCAACAAGAACAGCAACAACAGUCGGAGCAAACUGUCGACGUUACCGAAGAGGUUACCAAGGAAUCCGUCACGGUUCAAGAAGAAGGACCACAGAAUUUCCUGGCGAACAAGGAUCUUCCAGAGGACUUACAACCGGUGAAAGUUCUGCCAACGGAGGAGCCUCUACCUACGUUGAAGCAUGUUCCAGUUCCAGCAGCAGUACAGCCCGUCCAAGAACCACAGCCAGUGGUUGAACAGAUCCCGGUUGUUCAGGAACAGCCUCCAAUGCCUGUUGUUGAGCCAGUUGCUGCACCAACCUUCACACCGCAACAGAACGGAUACCCAUCGGCGAGUGAUUACGAGAGCGAUUUCGACAAAAAGAUCACCCCGGUCUGGCAACCGACUCCAACUGGUCCAACCGACGUGGGCUACAAACCCGUCCAUCCGGUGUUCAACCCACCAAAGCCACACGAAACGGGUCCAGCCGCACCACCGCCAUCAGUAUUCGACCCGAUCGACAAAAUUCAGCCAACGCCAGUCCAGAAACCCCAGCAGUUCAUCGAAAAGAUCGAAAAACCCACACCGAUCAGCUAUUCUCAAAGCACCUCGACCACUCAGCAGAAAUCUUCGUCCUUCCAGUCCUAUCAGCAACAGACCUUCCAACAGCAACAGCAGCAGCAACAACCACAUCACGUUUCCUUCCCACCUGUUGAACCUACGCCAGCCUUGUACUACACUUCGGUUACAGGCCAGCCAGUUCACAACACGAUCGCCACCGAAACAUCGAACACGCUGCACAUGAAGGAAUCCACUGAGACGAGCAACCGAGUAGUAAACAUGUCUCAAACGCAACGGGUCGUCAACCUGGAGUCCAGCAGCCAAUUCAUGGGCCAAAAACCAGGUCGCUUCACUCCUGGUGAGUAUCGCGAAAGUGACUACGAAUCCGAUGGUUCCCGUAUCCGACCACUGUGGACUCCACAUCCAUCCGACAGUGACGAGCCGCACUACCGCAGUGUGCGACCGCAGUUCAAACAGCCACGGUCAGCCAGCGUGCCACGAUCCGGUGAACACAUCCAAACCCCGAUGGAAUUCGACACCGGUCCAGUGCUGAUGCCGUCCAAAAUCGAAAUCGCCUCGAGCCUCGCCUCUACGCAGCAACAGAGCAAAACCGUCGAAUCCGUCGAAGUGCUCCAAACGCAAACCCUCGAUCGCAAGUCGUCCUUCACCAGUUCUUCCAAGCGGCUCGCCACCUCGCACGUGUCCAAUCUGCGUGAUGACAUGGCCGUCAAGGCCCACAAGGUCGCCCCCAUCAACUACAUCCAGAAGGCGACCAACCAAGCGGAAAGCAUGUCCCAGUCCUUCAAGACCAAGGCGUACCACUUUACGAACGAGGUGAUGACCGACAUGCGCAAGACUCCGAUCAAGCCGAUCCUGAAGAACGCCUUCGGUUACCAGGUGCCAGUCGUGCCGACGGUUGUGGUUCCAACUGCCACCACGCCAACUCCGACCGCUGACGGCAAUGCACAGGCCUACCGCGAGGAGUCACGGGUGUCCCAGUAUGGCACCAAACACGUCGAUCCAGACACCGGAAUCAUCUACUUCAAGUACGAUUUCGGCUACGAGUUCGGAAUCAUUUUCCCGGGCGAAGGCCACCGAAUUGUUGCCGGCACUAGCCGAAGCCGUAACCAAAAGCAACUCACCAACGGAAACACCAAACAUAAACAUCCACUGUACCAAAGUGCGUCCCCAUUCGGACCUUCCGGUGCUUCCUCGGUGGAGGUUCCGGUCAUUCACGAGCGCACCAAAGACUAUGCCCGCAACUGUAGUCCCACGCCGUUCCGGCGGUCGGCUUCCGUUCCGGCACCGGAACUGCAAGCCAGUCGCUACAGCCACCAAUCGACGCCGCCUUGCAGCUAUCCGGCCAGAUACAGCCGACCGGGAAGCUCUAGUGGUCGUUCGACGCCCCGAGUUGGCUACUUCCGGCCACUGUCUCGGUGCAGCACUCCAGACCAGCAACAGCAACAGCAGCAACAACAGCAGCAGCAACUACCGACCCCGGUUCAGGGCUUCAAUCGCUCCGCCACUAGCACUCCCAAGCACCAUCCACAGGACCCGGCUAUCGCCACCAAGCAGCCACUAUUCGUUGCCCCCCUGAAGGACAUCGCCGUCGUCAGUGGACAGCCGGCGCGCUUCGAGUGCAUCGUCGCGUGCGAUGCCACACCUGCGGUUCGCUGGACCAAGAACAACGUACCGAUCGACGAAAGCGGCCAGCGGUACUAUCCGGAAUACCGGAACGGGCUGUGUCGUCUAUCGCUGCCAGUUGCCUAUGAAGGUGACGCUGGCAAGUACUGCUGCUUGGCCGAAAACCACUUGGGUCACUCGCAGACCUGUGCCGAUCUGACUGUGGUCGACAGCGACUGGAGAACGGCAUCCGCCGUGACGGAAUUUUAGUUUUUCAACAUCAGAAAUCAGGGAGAAAUUAAGGAAUAAAAAAAUAGACACUCGACGAAAUUCAUUACAGCGUAAGAACUCAAAGAAGGAGACAGCGAUCGACAGCUGAAAAUUCGAAAACCUUGAAAAAAGAAAAGGAAUUAAGAAUCAGAACCAGUGAAAAACGAAACAAUCAGCUAAGGAAACAGAAUCAGAAAUGGCAGCAAAAUAACUAAUUGAAACGAAAGAAAAUAUAUUUGUUUUUAUUCUAAUCGUAAGCUUUUUCGUUUAAGUUAACCAUAUCAGAUACGAAUGGAGGGAGGAAGCAGAAGCAAAAUUCUGAACGAGCUUCUUCUCCUAAUGUAAAGUGUUGCUUUUACUCGUUGUCUAUUUAGUGGUUUUCCAAUUCUUGUUUUGUAGUUAUUUAUUUAUCAAAUGUGAGAAAAACCCAUCAGUUAUUAAUUUUAGAUUAUAAUUUAAGCUCACGAAUACUUUUUGCAACGAUUGAAUCAACCUGUUUAUUUGACUGUAAAUUAUAGCUCACGCAACAGAAAAAAAUUGCAAAACUAUCACAUAAAAUCAACAAAAAAACGAAACUGAAACAUUGAUCGAAUGAAAACAAAAUUUAUAUUUUCAUCUGGCUCAUUUGUAUCCCUCAAAAGAUUAAUUUAACCAAUGCAGAUAUUUAUUUAUAAAUAGAUUUGAAAUCAAAUUCUAAAUGAACUAGCUUUAAAUGUUCUUUUAACUGUCUUACAACGUAGUUUGCUCAUUUAAUCGACCUCAUUGACUCAACAAAAAAAAACUCAUUGCUUUUCAGAAGGACCCCCUUUUUAUCAAAUUUAUUAAAGGUUUUACACCACCGCGUAACUCAUUGAAUACAAUUGAAAAAAAAACUGGAAAUUAUCAGAAAUUAUUAGAAUAAAUCGUUAUGAAAUAAUAUUGCAUCGACUGGAGAGGAAAUUUAUGUAAACAACUGAUUGAUUGAUGAAAAUAAAACCGAGAGAGUAGUUA